CUCCAGCGGAGAUCGGGGAACGUUUCUGCGCCUCGGGUGGAGCCGUCCCUCCCGACUCCAUGGCCGCGCCUCCGUCGGGAGAGCAGCUAAGGCGUUGGCGUUCAUCGGAAGCGUGGUGUGUUUGCAAGAUGUGAGCUGGUUCUCGCCACCCUUACCUACUUGAGGGCUACUUCCACCUCAUGGUGACAGGUGCAAGUCAAAACACGGAAGGUCAGGUAUGAAGCCAGUGAAGAAAAAGAAAACUGAAGAGCCGGAAUUGGAGCCCCUGUGCUGCUGCGAAUACAUAGAUCGAAAUGGGGAAAAGAACCACGUGGCUGCUUGUUUGUGUGAUUGCCAAGAUCUUGACGAAGGGUGUGAUAGAUGGCUUACUUGUAAAUCAAUGCAGCCAGAGACUUGUGAAAGAAUCAUGGAUACAAUUUCCGAUCGCCUCCGAAUUCCUUGGCUUAGAGGAGCCAAAAAAGUUAACAUUAGCAUCAUUCCUCCGCUCGUCCUUCUGCCUGUCUUCCUUCACGUGGCUUCCUGGCAUUUCCUGCUAGGAGUACUGGUGUUGACCUCCCUUCCUGUGCUGGCACUGUGGUAUUACUACCUCACUCACAGAAGGAAAGAACAGACUCUGUUUUUCCUGAGCCUUGGACUGUUUUCACUGGGCUACAUGUACUAUGUGUUUCUGAGGGAGGUGGUCCCCAAAGGGCAGGUAGGGUCCACUCAGCUGGCUGUUCUUACCUGCGGGUUACUCCUGAUACUCUUAGCCUUGUACAGAGCCAAGAAGAAUCCAGGCUACCUCAACAAUCCAGCAAGCAAUGACAAAUCCCUAAGCAGUAGCCAAAUUGAAUGCCUGAACAAAAAAGGGCAGGAGAAGACCAAAGGGUUCCCCGGAGCAGAUGCGUCUAGUAGUCUCAACAAUCGCACGCUGAAGGAUGACCUUAAGGUCUCCUCCCGCAUGGUGACUGGAAGUCCCACCAAGGUGAAAGAGGACUGGUGUGCCAAGUGUCAGCUGGUGAGACCUGCCCGGGCCUGGCAUUGCCGCAUUUGUGGCAUCUGUGUGAGGAGGAUGGAUCAUCACUGUGUCUGGAUAAAUAGCUGCGUUGGAGAAUCGAAUCAUCAAGCAUUUAUACUUGCCCUUUUGAUCUUCUUGCUCACUUCGGUAUACGGGAUAAUGCUGACCUUGGACACCAUUUGUAGAGAUAGAAGUGUCUUUAUAGCUCUCUUCUAUUGUCCUGGAGUUUACACAAAUUACAGUUCAGCUCUGUCCUUCACCUGUGUGUGGUACUGUGUGAUCAUCACAGCAGGCAUGGCCUACAUCUUCCUGAUCCAGCUGAUCAACAUCAGCUACAAUGUGACCGAGAGGGAAGUCCAGCAGGCCCUCCGGCAGAAGACCGGGCGCCGCCUUCUCUGUGGGCUCAUUGUGGACACAGGCCAGUACAACAGGGGCUUCCUGCGGAACUGGCACCAGUUCUCCACCCUGGGCACACACUCGUUCCCCCACCCUGCUGAGGACAUUGUCUGAAGUGCCUUCUGUGGCUCUGAGGGAUAGCUCUUCCCUCUGUUCCUAUCCAUUGUAUACUCCAGUGUCUACGCAGGGCGUGUGUUCCUUCCCCUCCUCCACACCCCCCAUUUCCUACAGGCAUUAUUGGGCCAUGCUCAGGUUUGGAGACCAGACUGGAGAGAAGUUCAAGUUUUUCUGACUUUGUAACUUCCACAAGAUUUUUAUAUUGAAGCAGUAAAAUUAGAGCCAUUCCUUCUCCAGGCACUUUUAUUGACUCUCAGCCAUGGGAAGUUGAAAAGGAUGUGGAUUGCUAAUGCACGAAUUGAUAGAAGCAAUUCCUGCCCAUUCAUAUGGGGGAAAGAGUUUUGGAUUAGGAUAGUUUCUAGUCCCUCUUUCAAUUCUUAAUAGCCAUGUGACCCUUGGUGGAGUCACUUUCCCGAGUCUCAGGUUCCUCUGUUAUGUGGGUACUGCUGCCUUCCCUGGCGACCUCACAGAGCCGCCGCCGCGGGAAGGGUUGCAUGAUGGUCAGAUGAAGGAUGUGCGAAGUACCGCAAAGCAAACCAAGUACCCAGAGGCAUAAAGUAUUCUUAGGAAAAUCCUAAGACUGAAGAAAAAUGCUGUAGGUCAGGAUAUUCUAGCCCCUAUCAUUACGAUAAUCGAUGUUCAGCCUAUGCCAUGUUGUACAGUUAUGGAAAUUUCUUCAUUAACUACUUACACAGGGGGGAGGUGACAACUAGAUGGAUUGAUGCUAAUCAUCUGAUCUUCAGAAGACAGUUGAUAGUAAUGAUAAAAUUAUCA